CCUGAGCCCUGAGUUCUCUCUCUCUCCCCCUCGCCCCCCUCUUUCUCUAAUGUCAGAGGAGAAACGCAGAGAAUAAAAAAAGGAGAGAGAGAGAUAGAGGAGAGAGAGGGAGAGAAAAAGGAGCUUUCUGCAAUCGCCCGAAAUCUUCGCUUCAAAGCCAAGGAAAAAGGAAAAAAAAAAAAAACAUCAAAAAGCCCCAAAAAGAAACCCUAGAAAUCCACUCAAUCCUCGCCCAAAUCACCCGUACAUUUUAACGGAAACAUCAUUCCAAUGUCGCUCUGAUCCGCUCCCUUUUCAAUCAAAUCCAUGGCGUUGAGAUCAACGCCUAGGCCGAAGAAAUCCUCGCCGUUGAUCUCCUCCAGAUCUCUCAACUCGCCGUCCUCGUCGACGACUUCGUCGUCUCGCCUCAUUCCCGAAGCUUCCAUGGACGGCCAGAGCUCCCCGGCGUCGUCGUCGGCACGAAGCAAGCCGCAGUUCUUCGACGAGAGCGCGAAUUUUGAUGCGGAGGGAUCGAAGGAGAACGUGACGGUUACCGUCAGAUUCCGGCCGCUGAGUCAGCGAGAGAUUCGUCAAGGGGAGGAGAUUGCUUGGUAUGCGGAUGGGGAUACGCUCGUGAGGAGCGAGCAUAAUCCAUUGGUGGCGUAUGCAUACGAUCGAGUUUUUGGACCUACAACGACCACUCAUCACGUGUAUGAUGUUGCUGCUCAGCAUGUUGUCAGUGGUGCUAUGGAAGGUGUAAAUGGAACAAUUUUUGCUUAUGGAGUAACGAGUAGUGGCAAGACCCACACAAUGCAUGGAGAUCAAAGGUCGCCUGGGAUUAUACCAUUAGCUGUAAAGGAUGCAUUUAGUAUCAUACAGGAGACUCCAAGCCGCGAGUUUCUCCUUCGUGUCUCAUAUUUGGAAAUAUAUAAUGAGGUUGUUAAUGACUUGCUGAAUCCAGCAGGCCAGAAUCUAAGAAUUAGGGAAGAUCUUCAGGGAACCUUUGUAGAAGGAAUUAAGGAGGAAGUUGUAUUGUCCCCUGCUCAUGCUUUGUCUCUGAUAGCAGCUGGUGAAGAGCAUAGACAUGUUGGAUCUAACAACUUCAAUUUACUAAGCAGCAGAAGCCACACAAUAUUUACACUGACAAUAGAAAGUAGCCCCUGUGGUGAAUAUAGUGAAGGUGAAGCAGUUAACCUUUCCCAGCUUAACCUCAUCGAUCUGGCAGGUUCAGAGAGCUCGAGGGCUGAAACUACUGGUGUACGUAGGAAAGAAGGAGCCUACAUCAACAAAAGCCUGUUAACUCUUGGAACGGUUAUUGCCAAACUGACUGAUGGAAAAGCUACACAUGUUCCAUACAGGGAUUCCAAAUUAACCCGGCUCCUUCAAUCCUCCUUGAGCGGUCAAGGCCGUGUUUCACUCAUUUGCACAGUUACUCCAGCGUCAAGCAAUACGGAAGAAACACAUAAUACCUUAAAGUUUGCACACCGUGCAAAACACAUUGAGAUUCAAGCAUCCCAAAAUAAGAUUAUUGAUGAAAGGUCCUUGAUUAAGAAGUAUCAAAAUGAGAUUCGCAGUUUGAAGGAAGAACUAGAACACCUAAAGCGGGGCAUUUUGACUGUCGGUCCUUUGAAAGAUAUAGGAGGAGAUGACAUUGUCCUCUUAAAGCAAAAGCUUGAGGAUGGCCAUGUGAAGUUGCAGUCAAGACUAGAGCAAGAAGAAGAAGCUAAAGCUGCUUUGCUGGGAAGGAUACAACGAUUGACCAAAUUAAUUUUGGUGUCUACAAAAGCUACACAGUCCCCAAGAUUUGCUCAACGCCCUGGUCCCAGGAGAAGGCAUUCAUUCGGUGAAGAGGAGCUUGCUUAUCUCCCAUAUAGAAGACGUGAUAUGACGUUGGAGAGUGAACACAGCGAUGUUUUUAGUCCAGUGGAAGGGUAUGGUGAAACCAUGGAUGAUGGUUGUAAAGAGGAGAAAAGGAACCGAAAGCAUGGCCUGCUAAAUUGGUUUAAGUUACGGAAACGAGAAAGCGGUUUGACAACUCUGACAAGUUCCGAUGGCGAUAAAUCAAGUGGGACGAAAUCAUUAACAGCACCUUCAACUCCUCAAGCAGGGAGCACUAAAUUUCCUAUAGAGACGAGAAUUUCCAAUUCCAUAGAUCCAGAGAAUAUUCAUGUCCAUUCUCUCUUGGAUGUGGACCAUGAUGGAGUGCAUCCAAGCAAUCUUUCUCUCCAGGAAACACCUCUGACUAGCAUGAAAACCAUUGACCAUGUUGAUUUACUAAGAGAGCAAGUAAAGAUUUUAUCUGGAGAAGUAGCACUUCACUCAAGUGUUUUAAAGCGUCUUUCAGAUGAGGCAGUGAAUAGCCCUAACAAGGAACAAAUCCAGUUGGACAUUAGAAAGGUCAAAGAUGAGAUAAAGAUGAAGAACCAACAGAUAGCUUCUUUAGAGAAGCAGAUGGCUGAGUCAAUCUCAUCUCAAAAUGACAUGGAAAAAUUAGGACUUUCACCAUCUUAUGCCGAAAUAUUAGAACAAUUGAAUGAAAAAUCAUUCGAGCUCGAGGUCAAAACUGCAGAUAAUAGAGUCAUCCAAGAUCAACUGCAACAAAAGAUAUGUGAAUGCAGAGAGUUACAGGAAACAAUUACUUCCCUCAAUUUGCAGCUUGCACAGGCUCUAGAUACAAAAAAUUCCAGACUAGCAAAUGCUGAACCACAGCAUAUGCAAGAAAAUAAAGGAAUAUCAUCACAAGGUACUACAGAGUUGCUGCAACAUGCACACAUGGCAUCUGAGAUUGAAGAACUGAAGCUAAGAGUAGCUCAACUCACAGAAUCUAAAAGCCAACUUGAGACCCAAAACCAGAAACUAAUGGAGGAGAGCACAUAUGCCAAAGGGCUGGCUUCUGCUGCGGGUGUCGAGUUGAAAGCCUUAUCGGAAGAAGUCACCAAGCUCAUGAAAGACAACGAGAGGUUGGUUACAGAGUUAACAUCGUUGAGAAAUUCACAGAGAAGAACAAGCAACAUACCAAAACCUAGUAGAAGAGAUGGCCAAAUUAGACGGCAAGAAACCAAGAGAGAAGUAAAUGCAAUUUCUCACGAGAGAGAGUUGUUGCUUGAAGCUGCUCUCAGAGAGAAGGAGCUGAGAGAAGCUGAGCUACAUAAAAAAGUUGAGGAGUCGAAACAGAAAGAAGCUUUCCUGGAGAAUGAGCUAGCUAAUAUGUGGGUCCUUGUGGCGAAACUAAAGAAAAAUCAUGGAAUUGAAGCUGAAAACUUGGACUCUAAUUGAUGCUAAUGAGAUCUUCAGCAAAAGACAACUUGAGAAAUGGAUGACGAUUGAGUAUGGUUGUUAAUGGCCCCAUGUAUGUUUGUGUAAUUGUGCUCGGUUACAGUCAUUAAGCUUUUGUGUAUGUAUGAGAAAUCAUUGUAUAUUGAACUUCCACACCAUCGUGAAAUCAUGUUUCUUUUAAUUGAGUUUAUAAAAUCCAAUUUUUUGGUUGGUUUGUUCGUUUC